AUGAGAACGUUCCUCUUAUCCCUAGUCUUCCUGGCUUGCGCCUUCCCAUCCCCUUACCCUGCCGAGUUCGUCACAUCCGCAAACGGUCUCCGCGCCGACGUGUACCACCUGCCGCCCGCACCGGUCGUGUACCAGAACAGCACGGCCCUCACCUUUUCCCCCACGGCAUUCACACUGAUCCAGGGAUCGCACCACGCCGUGCUCGUCGACGCGCCCGCCACGGGCGCCCAGGCAACCAACCUGACCGCGUGGAUCAAGGCGACGCUCGGGCCACGCAAAUCGCUCAAGUACAUCUACAUCACACACGGGCACGGCGACCACUUCUUCACGGCGCCACUGAUCUGCGCAGCGUUUCCCGGAUGUCAGGUCGUCGCCAGGGAAGAUGUCAAUGCGCACAUGCACGAGCAGUACGAGGAACCGCUGUUCUCCAGUCUCUGGCUGUCGUUGUUUCCUGGGGGCCAGAUCACCAGCGUGCCGUUCAACGCCAGCUAUAUCCUCCGGGAAGCAGACCGGACGUUCAUGCUCGAAGGCCACGCCUUGAGGGCUGUCGAGGUCGGUCAGGGCGACACGUACAAUAGCACGGUGUUGCAUGUGCCGGAUUUGGAGCUGGUGGUGGGCGGCGACGUCAUCUACGGCAAGUGUCACCAGUUGUUUGUCGAGGAUUGGACGGCCGAGUUGAGACAGCAGUGGAUCCAGAGCCUGGAUCGCGCGGCAGCCCUAAAACCGGCGUUUGUGGUCCCCAGCCAUACGAAGCCUGGGGAUGGGUUCGCGCCGUCCCAUAUCCGGGACACGAAGACGUAUAUUCGGACGUGGGAGAGGGUGUUGGCGCAGAGUAAGUCGUGGGAGGAGUUGGAAGGGGAGAUGAAGAAGGCGUUCCCGUUCAGGGAUGGGUCCUUUAUACUGAGAUGGAGCAGUCAGGCGCCGUUCGGGGCAAGUAGUAUCGUUGCGUGA